AUGCAAGAGCCCAUAAGGAAAGCAAAACCCAGUGAAGUUGGUGGCAUUUUGAGGAGAACUAUUGGAGCUACAGAGGCUGAGGAAAGGAUAAAGAGAGUGAAAUUCAAGCAUGAUAGGAGAAGAUUUGGGAAAGAACAUGAGCUUCUAAGCUUAGAGGAGGCCAUAUUUUUUGUCAGAUGUUGGAAUUGUCCUAAGGUUUUGCUGUUGAAAAGAGUCGAGAGGUUUGAAUUCAUAUAUAGUGUGGGAGUGGUAUUUGGCCGUUUGAAGUUAAGGAUAACGGCUAAGAUGGAGAUGGGCCACUUUAGUAUCUCGAACGGCGAUGAAUGA